CCGCCUUGUGCUGUAUGAAGCACAAUAUACCUUGUUUACAGCGAGGGGAAGGAUUGAUUCAGGGUGCAACGUGUACAGAAAAUAUUGGCGUUUUACUCAUGAUUGAGGUCUACGAGUGAUAGAAAUUAGUGACACCAAAGAUAAAUGCAACUCUUACCAAAGUGAUCAUGCUGAUCCCGAUCUAAAGAGAUAGUAACACUGAUCAGCAACGGCGGGAAACAGAGUCGGUGAGAUUCCUGUAUGAUAAGGGUAAAGAAGAGUUUGCAAGUGAAUCUCCGAACAACUCGUCAUUCCUAUAGGCCAACAUUUCUACUGUGGGCAUGGCUGAAACAACAUCCCUCAACACCGACGUUAUUCUCCGCAUAGCAAAUCAUAUCGAAGUCAAUGACGUCGGUAAAGAAGACACGAUACAAUCCUUUGGACUCUCCCUUGAACUCAACAAAGAAAUCGUCGACCAGGCGCUAACCCUGAUCGGAAGCAAGCCAUCGAAUCUUGUAGAUGCAACACGCCAUCUUCUCAACGAGUGGGUAAACGAACAAGGGAACGAUGAUAAGGCGGUUAAAAAGCUGAAGACGACCCUGACAAAGAACGGUUAUUCCAAGAUGGCGGAUGAUCUCAAGGAAGAAUCUACCAAGAAGUCUGUCAAACAUGGUCACACCCACGAGCCACAGCCACAAUCGACAACAGACAGAAUUAUUACAUUAGUCACAACAAUAGUGGUAGCCUUUCUGGCUAUCACAUACAUCAACUAUCGAGACUUCUCUUAAAAGCCAUUGGUCAAGACUCAAAAGAAAAUAUUACCUCAGUGUGGGAGCUCGAAGGAAGGUGUCUUGAUGUGAACUCGUCUAGGAUAAAAUGGUGCAUUUCUUUUAGAAGGGAUGGUAGCAUGAUUUGCUGACUGUCUUGCCUUGAUAGGACCGAGUGCCAUCUUGCAAUGAAUCCAUGUGGCCGGCCGGGGAUCGAACCCCGGACUUUCUACGUAUAACCAGGCGCCUGAGACCACUCGGCCACGGCACCUCCUGAACUUGUAUCGGUUGCCGUUCAUGAGCCAUUCUUAUCAAACUUGACCGCGUGUCCCGUGUGUUUUAUCACACUUUGAUGAAACUCUUUCUUGAAACCUAAUACACUUUUAACGAACCAUUGAAGAGGGAAUAAUAUGCGUUUCCCGUGAGAGCAUCUAACAGUGACAAUGACUUCACCUAAUCCGGUUAACGUCGAUAAUUUGAAUUGGUAAAUAGGAACCUCACUGAUUGAAAAUGUUCCUGCAUGGCCCCGUUGCCUAAAAAUUACUUUAAUGGUAACUUUGCCAUCCGAUGGUAACUACCAUCGGGUAAUUUACCCGACAUAGCAGUCAUGUCGAAAGAAGAGUCAGACAAACAAAUUACAAAAAUAAAGAUUAUCACU